UCCUUAAAGGCAAACACAUAUGCACAGGAAUCCACACCAUACUCUUGGCAUUCACAACUUCCACUGUGCAGUGCCAGUCAAAUAAUCCUGGUCUGGCCAUUGGACAAACCAUUACAUUUAGUCAUUUAGCAGACACUAUCCAAAGCGACUUACAAGGAAACUGCAUUUUACAAGGAAACUGCAUUUUACACACGUUCAACAUUCACAGCCAUUUGCAUUUACAUUUAGUCAUUUAGCAGACGCUUUUAUCCAUAGAUUGUCAAAUCAUCACAUCGAUUACAGUCAGAUAGGUUUAAAACUUUUGGUUACUUACAGCAUGACUGGUAAUUGCCUUAUGGUCUUUUAUUGUACUUCAGAGAUGUACUCUUCUAUAAGUACAUUCUUCUUUUCUGUUUAGACCCCUCUGGAUUCACAGGUGGUCCACAUUUACCUGCAAAAGUUGGAGCGUGAUCCACAUAUUGGUGUUGGUAGCUCCAAUUUUCUGCCCUGUUCUCAAGCACGCCUUCUAUUCUCUGCAAAAUAGAACAACGAAAACCAUCACUCAUUUGUGUACAUGAAAAAAAAAACAUAGUUAUUCCACAAAACAAUCUCCUGCAACUCUUUAGCUCAACUUGAUCUCCUUUCGCUUCGAUAAAUUCAAUGUGGGGCUCUUAUAAAUUAAUAAGUGGAGCACUGAUAUCUUUCGGAUCACUUUUCAUUUCUCCUUUUUUGCUUGGCAGGUAUCCGUUUCCAGAUGAAACCUCUGUGAUAUCGUAUGCACUACAUCCCAGCACUCAAAGGCAGCCAGCCCUCUAACACGGUCCACACUUUGCUGGGUAGGUCACCUGUGAAGUGUUUCUCUGCUUAAAGCGAAAGCCCUAGUAUGGUAAUUAGAGGAUUAUACUGACCAUAGUAAGUGAGUGGGGUAGCGCAGAGUCCAGUAUGUAGCGUAGCUCAGACCACUGGCAGGCUGCAAUUUGUAGACAUUUAGGGGAUUUACAGGUGGAGAGAGUUCACAGGUGCAGUCUGAGGAGGAGGCCUCAUAAUAGGUAAGUGAUGUCCAUUUGUGUGAAAGCUGGGGAGACCUUUGUUGAGACUUGAAAAAUGGUGGGAUUUGUCUUAUUGUAUUAUAAUUUAUAACAUGAAAAAGACAGUUUUUUUUAAAUGUGUACUUUUUUUUAGGGGGGUAUGAUUGAUUUAGGGGGUAUGACGUUAUUGAAGUAAACAGCGGGGAAAACGAGCCCACUGAACUUGAUUUAAAUCUUCUCCAUGUGUGAAAGGUCGUAAAACGGCAGGGUCUCAAAUUGUCCCAUUUCAGUGGGAAUCCAUCCAACAGCCCUGUGCCCCUAAGUGCCUUGCAACUUCAGAGUGCGGUUAUUGCUUUUUGCAGGGAAAAUGUUGAUUGUGAGACUGCUGUAUCUGUUCAUUUUAUGUUAGUUUCUUUCCUGUUUUGUUAUGAAUGUAUUUGAUCUUUCUUCGUUUACCAUUACUCUUACUUCAUGAAAGAUCUUGGAAUGCAGAACUCUGACAUGAAUUCAAGUUUCCUUAUUUUCGUGGUAAAACGGCCUGGCCCUUUAAGAGGCAUAGAGACGCUUGGGUGUCUUUUUUUGUUACUGUGUAGCGCUCCACUGUGUCAUUUUCACUAUGGCGAGAGGGUAAAUAAUAGUAGCUAAUGGAAAACGCUUCCAUUUCGCGUUGGCGGUCAUCUACAUCUGUGUUGUCGGGAGGGGAACAAGACUGUGACGAUUAUAAAAACGAGACUGCGACGAUUGACGGUGAACUUAUUUUAAGCUCUGAGCGGAGGAGGUAUGGAUGGGUUCCGCUUCAAGACCAGCAAAAUUCACGAGAGUGGUUUACCCAGCUACAGAGAACACCUCUACACUCAGUGGUGAUGCAGGUUGAAUGCAGUGAAAAGUAACAGUUCCAGAUAAACAUGGAACGGGCUAAAGCACUGCUUUUAUACUGUUGCUGACUUUUACUACCGUAUGGGUUCAAUGUGGAUUUUGUGAGGAUAUAGCAAGAUACGUUUCUGGAUGUCAAAAUGUUAACGGGAUCCAAGACUACGUUCAAAGUGAGGCAAAUGGUUCCUGAUGUUAAGGACCGAAUGCUGAGCCACAGCGGCCAUCACACGCGAGGGAGAGACAUGUUUGGCCUCUGCUGUUUACCAGGAGAGUGUGUUCUCCAGAGGGCUGUGCUGGUGAGGAAGAAGCUGUCUGCCAAAGAGGGGGGCGGCUGGCUAGCUGGCACACUCUUCUGCACCCACUUCAGGGUGGCCUUUGUGCCCCAGGACAGCCCCAAGCCAGAUGACAACGCCGAUCCUGUUCUCUUAGGGGACCAUGACGUGUCUCUGUCUUCCAUUGAGAAGGUGGUAGCUGUGGGGCCCUCUCGCACCAAACUGGUGACGCCUAACUCGUCCCUGAAGUUCACGCCUGAGGAGUUGGUGCUGUACUGCCGUGACCUCCGCGUUAUCUGCUUCCUUUUCGACCGCCUGACGCCAGAGACUCAGGCUGUGGAGAUAACGUACACCAUCGCCAAGACAUACCAGCCCCUCAAGCCGGGGACCGUCCUCUCCUUCCAGAACGCAGCACUGGGUUCUAUAGAGAUGAAGCAGUUCCUGAGUAACCGACGGCGUGACCCCAACAUGAACUGGUUCGAGAGCUCGAUCGACUGGGAGCAGGAGCUGGAGAGAGCUGGGGCCACGGGCUGGAGGGUCAGCUCCGUCAACGACCGCUUCGAGAUGUCCACAAGUUUGUCUAGGUUCAAUGUGGUUCCUCAGAAGGUUCUGGACACAGAGCUGAAGAAAACCUUUGCCCACUUCAAUGAGGGACGCAUCCCGAGGUGGUGUUGGCGUCAUCCUCGUGGCAGUGAUCUGUUACGCAUGGCCAGCUUUCAGAACAACAUCUACCACGAGAAGGACGACAUCAGGAACCUGGAGCUGGUGUUGUUUGGAGUUCAGCAGGUGUGUGUGGUGGUGGACCUGGGGGAGGAGAUGCCUUCCCCCGGAGACAUCCAGCUGGCUCACACCAGGUUACGGGCGCUGUGUCUGGGAGACAUCUCAGCAUCUGUGUCUGUGCCGGAUGACAAAUGGCUCUCCACGUUGGAGGGCACCCAUUGGCUGGACUACAUCAGGAGCUGCUUAAGGAAGGCAGCAGAGGUGGCCUGCUUGCUCAGAGGUGGCCAUCUUACCGUGGUCCUCCAAGAGCCCGAGGACCGAGACAUGAACUGCGUGGUGUCCAGCCUGGUGCAGGUGAUGUGUGACCCGCACUGCCGAACCGUCGCCGGCUUCCAGGGCCUGGUCCAGAAGGAGUGGAUCAUGGCUGGCCAUCGCUUCCUCAGCCGCAUCAACUAUCAUCGAGACAGUGACAAGGAGGAGGCUCCAGUGUUCCUGCUCUUCCUUGAUUGCGUGUGGCAGCUGUGGACCCAGUUCCCCUCGCGCUUCCAGCUGAGCGGAGACUACCUGCUGGCCCUGCACGACUCGCUGCACAUGCCCCUCUUCAGCAGCUUCCUGGCCAACUGCCAGCGCGAGAGGAGCCGCCGCUCACAGCACCUCUCCCAGAGCUACACGCCAGUGAACGGCCUGCGGGAGCUGCCUCGGGGCUCCUCUCCGCAGGACCCCUGUGACCCUCCCCUGCCCCCCGUGUGGGACUGGGCCCUGCAGUACAGCAGCCAGAGACGAGCCCGCUUCACCCAGCCCGUCACACAGCCGUCCUGCCCCCCGCCCCUGCUCAACGGCAACCUGAACACCAACCUGGACCCCCACAGGCACGUGGACGGCAUGGCCGGCUCUGUGUUCUUCCUGUCCCGGGGCUCCUUCUCCUCGCCCUCCAACCUGCUGCCGUGGCGGAGCGGCGCCGGCUCGGGCUCCUACCGGAAGAGCCACCGGAGGGCCCCGUCGGCCGAGAUGCUGCCCGGCCUGGAGCGCCUGCUGCGGGCCUGCUCUCUGUCCGAGGUCCGCCCCGAGCCCCACGAGCCCCUGCUGCCCCUCCUGCUGGGACCCUGCGUCAAGGUGUGGAGGGACUGCUACCUCAGGGGGGCGCUCCACGCACAGGCCUUUACCCACCCCAUGCCAUCCUCCAUGCUGCACCCAGUGGAGCAGCUGGCCUGGGAGGUGCAGCAGAUGCGUGACAAACUAGCCCAGGCCUCCUCCACCUCCUCCUCCUCUUCCUGCUCGUCGUCUUCCUCCUCCCCGUCUUCCUCUCGAACGUCCAGCGCUCCACACGGGAAGCAGGAACCUCGCCGCUCCGACUCCAACCUCAACCAGAACGCCAACAACGGCACUUUCCUCUUCCCCUCCUCCAGGUCCGCCUGCUACCAGCCUGCCGCUCCCAGAAGUAAUGCCCACCCCGCUGCCCCCCUCAAAGCCACCUCAAGGCCCCCUGCGGCGUCGUUCACCUGCCCCCAGCCUCGACCCGCCGGAAGGGAUGGGUCGAAACACACCUUCCUCUUCGGUCACCAGCCCGACAACCGUCCGGCACAGCGCUACAUUCCGCCUCCACAUGCCAAGCCGCCCAGGAGCAGGAGCGGCAGCAACGGCGGCUCGUCCGGGAUCCACGGCAACCCUCCGCAGUGAGCGCCGCGCUCUCAGGGAAUCCGUCUGAAGUCUCCCGUAACUGCCCGUCUGCCCUGAAAAACAAAAUGGCUGCUCCCAGGCCUCCUCCUGGGUGACUCAUGGAUUUAGCUUUUUAGGCAGCUGAGCGAGGCAGAUCUCACAUCACCCCUGUGUUGAAGUCUGACACCUCCACCACCACCACCGGCUAUGCAGAAGGUCACGGGAAAAAGCACAACAGAGCUCCGACUGUUCAGGUGUAACUGGACACGUUACUGUCUCAUACAGCAUUGCACGGCAACAGUAUACACAGCACUAAUUUAUUUACAUAUUUUCAACUGUUGCUUUUAUACAUUUUGUGUUAUGAACGACUGAAUAAGACUGUUUCUGCUGGAAGACACAGCCGAGCCCUUGCUGUCCCUGCCUCAGAGUCUAUGCCAAAUCUAGUUUUGCUAGUGGAUUAAUAUGAUCUAGUUCAGCUCUCUUUGUAAGAUUGCUCUAAUGCACAUGAUUUCAGUGUGAUUAGAUGCACGUGUGUGUUACUGCAUUGAAGCCCAGUAUGUUUCUUACUGAAAUCGCAAGGAUGAUUCAUAUACUACCACCAUCAUGUCCAGACCGCAUGCUAGAAAGUGGCUGCUAAACACUUGAAACCAUGAGUGAAUUUACAAGUGCUUCUCAAAGUGAACACUAGAGGGCGAAAAUGUCUUCAGUCACGUACAACAACAUGAUGUAAAGGCACUUUGUGUAGGAUAAAUGUUUUUUUUUUUUUUUUUUUCAAAAAAUGGAUUUAGUCCACAGCAAUAUUUUGGUACGGAUGUAGUCAUGUUGUAUGCAUGUUUUAGUUGUGCGUUCGAAAUGGCACAAAAUGAGUUGUAUAUUUAGUGUAACGGCUGAAUAUAGAGCAUGUCCAGUGAGAGUGACACAGCAGAAUGGAUAGUCGCAUGGUCAUAGUGAGUCUGCGUCUGGCUGCCCUAAAUACCCUCCGUUUGUACACAUUUCCCCUCACUGGCUGUGAAUUAUUUAAGUUCUGUGGGCCAUGAGGGUCUUUUUGUGGGGUUUACUAUAAACAUAUCAUGGUUUAUUAUUUGUACCUUUUUCAUAUAAAUACUAGAAAAGUGUUGAUUAUCAAUCAUAUGAGUAAUUCUACUCAUGAGUAUCGUUAUUUUUAUCGAAGCAUACAGUGUAUUAGCACAAUUUGCUGGUUCAUAUAUCUUCAUAUUUUCAAAUGAAUUGUUAGAUACUUUUGAUUUCUCUUUAAUUCCGAAUCUAGUCCUGUGCGGGAGGUUGGAGAGAACACCCUGAAUGGGAAAGUCAGUGAAUUCCUGGGGCUUCCUUGGAAUUUAACUGGAAAUAACCUGACGGUGGCUGUUCAGUGAACCCUUGUCUCCUCGGAAACGCAUCUGUUCUGAUAAAUCACCCUGAUGUAACACAGACUUCAGACCUGUUGUGCAUAUGAAGUGGAGAUCGGGAGGAAAAAGCACUUGUUUGGUUCCUUUUAGUAGACGCUGCUUGGCUAGAGUUAAUGGCUUCAGUUAGAAUGGUACGUCUGUGCUGGGUUUCUAGGCCACAGCAGCAGAGCAACUCCCUCAUGACUUAGCAAGGGUGCCAUUCCGAGAGGUGUUUGUCUCUCUCUGUCUCUCUCUCUGACUCUCUCUGACUCUCUCUUUCUGAAUCUGGAACAUCAGCCCGAAGGACAGGGGAAAAAUGUCCUGAAGUAUUUCUUCUAGGGUUUUCUCUCUGGCUGUCUUUCAAAGUGUGCCACUGCCAGAGCAUGCUACACAAAGUCCUCCAGCAUUUUUUUCAAGGGCCUUUAAGCAGAGUUGGCUGAUGACUGACUGACUGAGGUCAGGGUGAGUGAGAUCAGAAGCCAUGACUCGUGGGAGUCAAAUGUGCUACACACUAGAGGUCACAGAGGCCUGCUACAGUGUCAACAUUUUUGGGGAACUCCAUGUUGUCAGUUUUGCGUAUAUUCACUUGGCAAUAAAUUCAUCCAUUUCACAAUCUGUGGCAGAAAAAAUUAUGAGAAACAUAUACUGCCUUAAACCCUCUUAUGACUUGAUGGCUUAUUGGCUUGGUAAUCUUCAAAAUCAGAGCUAUUUCUCUCAAAACACAAACCAUCAUACGAAAAACAAAACAAAGACCUCCUGGGAUGGCAUCCUGAAAGUAACAUUUCAGGAGAACUCUUGUGUUAUCGCUAUGCGUAUAUUUAGCCUAGCCAGCAAUGAAUGAGGUACUUUUCAUGUAAAGUAUGUGUUUUAUACUUUCAUUGUUGAAUUUUUAUUAUUAUUAUGAUUUGACCUGGCAUGACAUGUUGCCUAGAUGUUUAAAUGUACUGUUUGGGUUUCUUUCUAGUGCUUUUGCUCUGGCCUCCAGCGGAGCUAACUUUAGGUCUUAGAAGCCUGUGUGCAUGAUUAGUAGCUCACCCAGCAGCCGUUGUGGUGAAGCCUGUGUGCAUGACUAGUAGCUCACACAGCAGCUGUUGUGGUUCAGAGAAUACUAACUGAUGUCUGGAAUUUCAUAUUAUUGUUCAUUUUUUGUAAUGUGUUGGGACGUUGAUGUAUCUGUUUUUCUAGCAUUCUAUAUUUUUUUUGUAUGGACAACCAAUUGCAUGUUUUGAAGUAGAUUAAUAAAUCUAAACCUUAGAUAAUUUUA